AUGAAUUUGCCAUAAGUAUUCAGUGUGUUUACAGAUAAUAAUUAAUUUGAGAAAUUCAUUGAAGAUCUUGUGGCUGAUUGUGUACAUGGAAUUAAAUUACCUUAUUUGAAUCAAUUUCCUGAAAUUAAUCAUUAUAAUUUAAUCAUAGAGGCUCAAUAAUUUAUGUAGUAAUUUAGUGAAUAUUUAUUGGAAAUGAAUAAUCAAAAUAGAGAAGAAGUGUAAAGAUUAUUAGAUAAAUUAAAAACAUAAAUAGAUGCAGAAAAACAUUAAAUAUUUACAAGAAUAAUAACUGAAAACUUUAAAGGAAUGUGUAAAUAAGCAUUAUAUACACAUAUUGCAUUAUCAAAAUAUGUAUUAAUUGAUUAUAAUUGGAAUUUAAAUGUAUAUUUUUAUAAUUCUAUAUAGUUAACAAUAUCAUCCAAUAAAAUAGCUAAAUCAUAGAUUCCUACAAUAAUUGUAGAAUUGCAUUUAUAAACUUUAGAUAAUAUAGCCAAUAAAAAAAAGAUUAGAUUUGAAAUGA